CGGAGACCGCCCGGGCCGGGGAUCUGGGCCUCGGCGCUUCCUCGGCUCCGGCGGACGGUUCUCCGCAGCCUCAUGGAUUCCAAUAGGGAGUGGACCGGGAGGCACCCCAAGAAGGACAGGAAGAGGAGGCGAGCCCCGAGCAAGCUGGUCGGGGCAGCUGGGGCGAUGACAGUCCAUCGGGAUCUCGAGGAGAGGCAGCCCGAGGCCAAGAAAGCCCGCUUGUCUACCAUUUUAUUUGCUGAAAAUUGUGAAGUAACACAUGGCCAACUUUGUGAAUUAUUGAAGUAUGCAGUUCUUGGUAAAUCCAGAGUUCCUAAACCCAGCUGGUGCCAGCUUUUUCACCGAAACAAACUGAACAACGUGGUGAUUUUUGUUCUUCAGGGAAUGAGUCAGCUACAAUUUUACAGGUUCUAUUUGGAGUUUGGAUUUCUCCGAAAGGCAUUCCGACAUAAAUUCCGCUUGCCUCCUCCAUCAUCUGAUUUUCUAGCUGAUAUCAUUGGACUGCGAAAGAAACCAAUAACUGGAGAUCUGCCCAAGACAAUGGGAGGGUCUUUACCUUCUACUAGUUCAAAAGCCAACAUUAAUCUGCAGAAUGACCCUGUCAUUCAAAAAUAUGGCUCUAAGAAAGUAGGCUUGACCAGAUGCCUUCUUACCAAGGAUGAAAUGAAAACAUUUCACUUUCCGUUACCAGGUUUUCCUGACUGUGAAAACUUUGUACCUACCAAGUGUAAUGGUUUUAUAACAGAUAGCAGUCCUCUCUUUGGACUUGACUGUGAAAUGUGCCUCACAUCCAAGGGGAGAGAACUAACACGCAUCUCAGUGGUGGCUGAAGGAGGCUGCUGUGUUAUGGAUGAACUGGUUAAACCUGACAACAAGAUACUGGACUAUCUCACCAGCUUUUCAGGAAUUACAAAGAAGAUUCUUAACCCAGUGACGACCAAACUGAAAGAUGUCCAAAGGCGGUUAAAAGCAUUGCUUCCUCCUGAUGCUGUGUUAGUAGGCCACUCCUUAGACUUGGAUCUGAGAGCACUGAAAAUGAUACAUCCAUUUGUUAUUGAUACAUCAUUGCUUUAUGUCAGAGAGCAGGGCAGAAGAUUUAAGCUAAAGUUCUUAGCCAAAGCUAUUUUGGGGAAGGAUAUACAAUGUCCUGACAGGGUUGGUCAUGAUGCCAUAGAAGAUGCUAGAAUAACCCUUGAAUUGGCUCAGUAUUUCCUUAAACAUGGCCCAAAGAAGAUUGCAGAACUAAAUCUGGAGGUGCUAGCUAGUCGCCAAGAACUGCAACCAAUAGGCCCAGAGCCAAGAAAUACAACAGAAGUAGUUCAGCACCCAAACACAAGUGUUUUAGAGUGUUUGAAUUUAGUAGGUCAGAAGCUCCUUUUCUUGGCUCGGGAGACAGAUUCUAGUGAACUUUCUUCUUCCAAGAACUGUCAAACUAUUAAGUGCCUUUCAAAUAAAGAGGUUUUGGAGCAGGCCAGAGUGGAAAUCCCCCUGUUUCCCUUUAGCAUCGUGCAGUUCUCUUUUGAGCCCUUUUCACCCAUCCUUACUGAGGAGAUGAACAAAAGGAUGAGAAUCAAGUGGGCAGAGAUGUCUACUGUCUAUGCUGGGCCAUUUAGCAAAAAUUGCGACCUCAGGGCUCUGAAGAGACUAUUUAAGAGCUUUGGCCCAGUCCGGUCAUUGACUCUUGUUCUUGAGACUCAUCAGCCUCAUCUCUGUAUUCAGUAUGAAGUCUUGGAAGCUGCCCAGCUAGCCAUAGAGACGUUAGAUGGCAUUCUGGUAGAAGGUUCCUACAUUAAGGUGCAGAGGCCUGUGACAGAGCUAACCCUUGACUGUGACACCCUAGUCAAUGAGCUGGAACAAGACUCUGAGAACCGAGGUACUAUUUACCUGUCUGGAGUGAGUGAAACCUUCAAAGAACACUUGUUGCAACAGUCAAACCUGUUCCUUGGACUGGAAGCUGUGAUCUUGCCUAAAGAUCUUAAAAGUGGAAAGCAAAAAAAAUACUGUUUCCUGAAAUUCAAAAGUAUUGGCAGUGCCCAGAGGGCCCUCGAUAUUCUCAGAAGCAAAGACUGGAAGCUAAAAGGCAGGCAUGCCUUAACCCCCAGGCACCUCCAUGCAUGGCUCAGAGGCAUACCAUCUGAAUCCCAAAGGCCCCCAGGGCUUCGGGUCCUACCUCCCCCCUCAGAGCAGCAGGCCUUGCAGACUCUUAAGGUGGACCACCCAAAGAUAGCAGCCUGGCGCUGGGGUCGGAAGAUUGGGAAACUCUACCACAGUCUGUGUCCAGGCACCCUCUGCCUUAUCCUGCUGCCAGGAACCAAGAGCACUCAUGGAUCACUCUCUGGCCUAGGACUGAUGGGAAUAAAAGGUGAAGAGAGAAGCACCAUCCCAAGCAUGUGUUUGUGAGUCUGCCCACCAGUUCCUGUAUGCCAUUUUUUAUCCUCAGGGGCAAUGGCAGAGAACAUGGUUAGGCUGCAACCUCUCUGGAGGCUGCUGGGCUUCUCCAUCCAGCAGACAGUUUGUGGAAACUUGGUGUACCAGCCAAAAAGUCUAGUUCAUUUAUAUGACAUGUACAAAAUUUCAAUAAAUGACUAAAUUUCAAGCAUUUCUCAUCUUAAGGCAGGAUGAGAAGGAAGCCCA